AUGCAAGACGUCGUUGUGAUCUGGCUCGACAAUCAGAUUGAUCAUAAUAAUGCUGAUUGCCAGUUAACAAUUGCACAACUUGAACACAUUACUGACAAUGUCACUACAUUCACGGAUAAUGACGAAUGUGUCGAAUAUAUACUCAAUUGUAAUGACCAUCAAGUCUGUCUAAUCGUUCCUGGUGCACUUGGACAAUAUCUUGUUCGUUGUGUCCACGACAUUCCUCCAUUACACUCGAUUUUCAUCUUUUGUCAAAACAAAUCAUAUCAUGAACAAUGGACUAAACAUUGGAACAAGAUCAAAGAUGUUUUCACUGAUAUAUCAUCACUCUGCCAAGCCAUUCAGAACACGUUUCUCCAAGAUGAGCCCACUGUCACACCAAUCACUUUUGUACCAUCUGGCAAAAGAUUGGAUCUGCUCAAUCCAUCUUUCAUGUACACACAACUCUUCAAAGAGAUCUUGUUUACGAUCGAAUUCGAAGACAAACACAUCGAAGAGUUUGUCAGGCAUCAUCCUGGACUAAUCACUCUCGACUGUACGCAUUCUAAUGAUGUUCAACAAUCAGUACGUGAUUACCGUACAAAGAAGCCCAUCUGGUGGUAUACAAGAGGUAAUUCCUUGCAUUCCAUGCUCAACGAUGCACUACGAAUCAUGGAUGGUGACGUUCUUGUUCGAAUGGGAUUCUUCGUCAAUGAUCUUCAUCGCAACAUAGAACAGUUGCACAAAGAACAGUUUGUUAACACACCUUGGAGUUCCCUUGUGUUUACAGUAUAUCGUGGACAAGGUCUAUCUCACUCAGAUUUUGAAGAACUAAAAAACACGAUAGGCGGGUUGAUGUCAUUCAACAGCUUCUUCUCUACCAGUAUGCAACGUGACGUCUCGUUUUCCUAUGCGAAAAGUAACGCAGACAAUCCCAAGUUAGUAGGAAUUCUCUUCACAAUACAGGUCGAUCCUCUUCGGUCAACAACACCGUUUGCCUCAAUUGGGAAUUAUGGCAGUUUCUUACAAGAACACGAAGUGUUGUUUUCAAUGCACACCGUGUUUCGCGUUCAUNUGAUGUCAUUCAACAGCUUCUUCUCUACCAGUAUGCAACGUGACGUCUCGUUUUCCUAUGCGAAAAGUAACGCAGACAAUCCCAAGUUAGUAGGAAUUCUCUUCACAAUACAGGUCGAUCCUCUUCGGUCAACAACACCGUUUGCCUCAAUUGGGAAUUAUGGCAGUUUCUUACAAGAACACGAAGUGUUGUUUUCAAUGCACACCGUGUUUCGCGUUCAUCACAUCAAACUCAUUGGCGCUGAUCGACCACUGUAUGAAGUGAAUAUCUCGCUGACUCUUGAUUCUGACGAAGAGUUACGCACACUGACUGAUCAUGUUCGGCGCGAAAGUCGUCUCAAUGGUAAAGGUUGGACCCGAUUAGGCCUACUGCUGAUUCAGUUGGGUCAACAUGACAAGGCUAAGGCGAUUUGUGAUACUUUACUCAACCAAACAUUAGAUGACACUGAUGAAGGAUUGAUUUAUUAUCAACUUGGUUAUAUCCGAUUCAGGCAAGGUUUCUUUCAGGAAGCCAUAACAUUCUAUGCCAAAUCACUUGUGCUUCUGGAAAAAUCAGUUCCUGCCAACCGUCCUAAUAUAGCCGCAUCCUACAACAGCAUUGGCUCGGUGUAUGUCUGUAUGGGAGAUUAUCGAAAAGCACUUGAAUACUAUGAGAAAACCCUUUCAAUUCAACAACAAUCACUUCCUGCAAACCAUCCUCAUUUAGCCACAUCCCACAACAACAUCGGCUCGGUGUAUGACAGUAUGGGAGAUUAUCGAAAAGCACUCCAAUGCUAUGAGAAAGCUCUUUCAAUUCGACAACAAUCACUUCCUGCAAUCCAUCCUCUUUUAGCCACAUCCUACAACAACAUCGGCUCGGUGUAUGACAGUAUGGGAGAUUAUCGAAAAGCACUCCAAUGCUAUGAGAAAGCUCUUUCAAUUCGACAACAAUCACUUCCUGCAAACCAUUCUGAUUUAGCCACAUCCUACGGCAACAUCGGCUCGGCGUAUAAUAAUAUGGGAGAUUAUCGAAAAGCACUUGAAUACCAUGAGAAAGCUCUUUCAAUUCAACAACAAUCACUUCCUGCAAACCAUCCGGAUUUAGCCACAUCCUACAACAACAUCGGCUUGGUGUAUGACAGUAUAGGAGAUUAUCGAAAAGCACUUGACUACUAUGAGAAAACUCUUUCAAUUGAACAACAAUCACUUCCUGCAAACCAUCCUGAUUUAGCCACAUCCUACAACAACAUCGGCUUGGUGUAUAACAGUAUGGGUGAUUAUCCACAAGCUCGCUUCUAUUGUGAACGCGCUGUUCAAAUUGCCAGGUGUUCAAUGUCACCAAAUCAUCCACACCUUUUAACAUUCGAAAGAUAUCUUGAACUUGUUACAAAUCGACUGCAGCGCUCUUCUUUUCGUACUAUAAAAUAA